CACACAUCUCUAAUUAUUGGCUUCACUGUGAAUUGUGUUUGCCAUUCACCCACACUAACGCCAAUCAAGGAACUGUUCUUGUGUAAAAAAAAAACGCGAUUGUUUUAUUUUGGGAACAGGAGCAGGAUUUACAAUAAUUUAAGGACAGAAAUACAGAAAUGCCAUCGAAAAAGAAGAAAUACAAUGCACGCUUUCCGGCGGGUCGCAUCAAGAAGAUCAUGCAGAGCGACGAAGAGAUUGGCAAAGUGGCUCAGGCUGUGCCCGUCAUUAUUUCGCGCACAUUGGAAUUGUUUGUAGAAUCGCUACUGACGAAAACCUUGCGCAUAACAAAUUCCCGCAAUGCCAAAACAUUGUCCACCUCACACAUGAAGCAGUGCAUCAAUUCGGAACAUCGUUUUGAUUUCCUUAAAGAACUGGUGCGCAAUAUACCGGAUAUUUCGGUGGCCGAGGAAGCGGCCAACUCUUAUAAUGAUGAUGAUUUGGAAAUAGUUCAAAGCUCGCCGGAGGAGCAAUAUCCCGAUUCGGAUACGCCAUAUGAUCUAAGCCUGCCAUCGACAUCAAUGCGACGAGGCCGUGGGGGUGGUGGAACAAAUGGUUCCAAUUCCUAUACUCGUUCCAUGAGUCUGAAUGGCACUGCACUGAAGCGUCAGCAUCCGCAGCAACAGCAUCCCUCGGUUAUUGUGCCCACAGCAGCUGCUGUGGCUAUGCACCAACAAGCUCGGACAGUUGCUGCAAGCGGCAUGGGAUUGGGACACUCACCUGCCAAAUUAGCUCGUUCGGAAUCCACUCCUGCUGCUGCCGUAUCAUACACAAGACGCGGCAGGCCGCCCCUAAAUAAAACCAGCUAUGAUACUGCCAUACCUGCUCCAAUAUGUAGCUACGAACUCAAUAAGCCCAUAGUGAAAAUCGAUUAUAGCAAUGUGCAACUCCCAACAACGACCACAUCAACUCUUAGUACACCGGAAUCAGACACAGAAGCUAACACCGGUGGUGCCUCUGGAGCUGCAGCUUUCAAUUUUGAUAUCGCGGCACCAGUUAUCAACAUUGAUUUGUCCAAUAUUGUAGCAACUGCUGCUGCUGCCUCAACUGCCGCCGUUGAAUCUGGUGGAGAUGGCAACAACAAGACCAGUACCCACAACAAUAACAACAAUAAUAAUAAUAAUAGUAACAACCAAAUUGCUGGAAAGAGCAGCGCUCAAAUCAUUCCAAAGUCUAGUGUCGCAAUGCUGACACCACCACCAGCAUCCGCAUCAGCAGCAGCAAAAGUUUCAGCCACAUCCCCCCCAACCACAUCGUGUUUCGAAUUAGACGAAGACUAUGACAAUAUUUGAAUAUUUAGAAUAUUUAAUGUAAAUGCGCUUUUAAAUUAUUAUUGUAACUUUACAUUAACUAUGUAACUUUUAGCAUUAAGCCCAACAAAAAAUGCCUAAUUUCAAAAUAAAGACCAUGCUGAAUGUUAAGCUGACAGAUAA